AUGGCUACCGCUACAACCAUGAGGGAGAACGCCCAGCUGCCUUGCAUCAAAUGCUCGGUUUGCGGCCGCGACGUAGAGAUACACUUGAUGGGAGACCACAGCUGUGGGGAAGUAGCGCAGGCAGGUCCUCAAUCGAUGAGACGGCCUUCUGCCCCAUCAUCUUCGCAGAAGAAGCAGUUCAGACUUCCACAGAUAGAUCCUUACAUUGCGAACAAGUCCUUCCUGGGAGUCGACUCCCUGACGCCAUCGAGCAGUGCCUCAGGCUCACGGGCACAUUCGCCGACGACGCCGCAGGAUGGGCAGCCACUGGAGACUCCCGCGUCCGCGUACAACAUCGACUGCGCGUUCCCGCUGUUCGAGCCCGCGCGGAAGAGCCACAUGCGCGAGGGCUCGCAGACGGUGCCGCCGCCGCUGCAAUCGCAUGCCAACGGCACGUAUGCAUCUCGUCCGCAGUACUCGCCAGGCUUGCCGCCGUCGCCCGCGCCGAAUCCCAUCAAUGCCUUGUCGUUGAUGGCAAAGAUGAACACUAUCGCCCCGGGGCCGUUUGAGCCAAGGAGGGGGAGCAAUGAUAGAGGAACCGAGCGUGCGCCGCCGCCCGCCGCUCGCUUUCCCGAUAGGAGCUCGUCGAGGAAGUACAGCGUCGACCACACCCUCGGGCGGGAAACGUUCGAAUCGAGGGAGCAUGCGCAUGAGGAGGCGGGGAAAUACCGCUGGAAGGAAUCGGCGCGGGGAGAUCAUCGAGGGGAUUCGGCGGCUGCUGCCGCUGUCCCACGAAUGCUGGGGAGAACCGAGAGCAUCACCGAUCCCUCGCUGAACACACCUCACGGCCACCGCCUGACCCGCGCGGAGACAAUGCCGAAUCCACAAUUUCAGGGAGAAAAUUUGGUGCCAGAGUCGCCGAGUAGGGCAAACACAUUUACCGCCUCUGCGAGAUCGUCCAGGACUCCGAGGGCACCGCCGCAUCCCGGAGUGGGACUCCCUCGCACUCCCUCGCAGUUUCGACGCAAUAAGGAGAUGCAGGCGAAGGAACUCCCUCUUCCUCCUCCUCCUCCUCCUCCUCCUCCUCCCUCCGCACUGCCAGAACCGCCAGCGAGGGAAAGAUCGCCGGCUUCACGACAACUCUCACCAACCUCAGCUGGCGGAUAUGAGCGAUCACAGGCACACGCCGCCACGCUGUCGGUAUCGAGCAGCUCGUCUUCUGCGCUCUCGCAUCUGUCCAAGAGCUCCAUGUCGAGCCCGCCGGCCUCGGACAUAUCCGAGACAUCUCGAACGAAGGGUCCGCAAUUCGUGGACCCGCGGACUUUCAACCACGACCAGCACAAGCGUCCCGUAGUUCCUACCAGCACCGGCGAGGAAAUCGACAACCUGAUACACGACCUAAACUUUCCCCAGCCGUUGCGGCGGGAACGGACACCGCCAUUCGUCCCGCCCAAGAACGACCGCGACGCCCGCCGGCCCAGCGAGACCUCGCCCCCCGUCCCCCUCAAGAACGACCGCGACGAGGUCCGCCGCCGUCCCAGCAACUCUUAUUCCCGCGUUCCCCCGCCACUAUCCAAGUCCCCCUCCCCGCCCGCACCGCCGAGCCGGCAUGGCACGCCCGUCAGCCACGCCCCCAGCCGGCACGGCACGCCCGUCGGGCACAAGCGCAAUCCCACGAGCAAAGGUCCGUGCCGGGGCUGCGGCGAGCAGAUCGUAGGGAAAUCUGUCUCCUCAGCCGACGGGCGCCUCACGGGGCGCUACCACAAGGCAUGUUUCGUGUGCCAAACGUGUCACCUGCCGUUCCAGUCCGCGGAGUUCUACGUCCUCGACAACCUCCCGUUCUGCCACCACCACUACCACGAGCUCAACCGCUCGCUCUGCGGCGUGUGUAAUCGUGGCAUCGAGGGGCCCUGCCUCGAGACCGUGCAGAGGGAAAGGUUUCAUCCGGGGUGCUUUACUUGCGUCCAAUGCCGCUGCCCCCUCGGCGAUGACUACUACGAGAUCAACGGGAAGGCGUUCUGCGAGCACCACGCGCGGCGGUACCUGCAGCGACCACCACGGCCGCACCCGCCGCCCGGCAGUGGGGCGAGACCUCCACACUCACAACACCCACACCCACACCCACACCAACACCAACACCAACACCAACACCAACACCAACCACAACACGGCGCUGAGCUGGCACCGCUAAAUGUUAAGGUCGAGCGCAGAAGGACCAGGCUGAUGUUUAUGGGUGGCGAAGGCGAGGCGCCGAGGCAGGUGCCGGCGCAGGGGCCGGCGAAGGGGCAGGUGCAGGUGCGGGGGGAAGUGGAGGUAGUGGAUGUUAUGAGUAAUCGGUUUUAA